AUGGCCUCCACAAAACGAAAAAUCCCCGAGGACUCUAGCGCCAGUAUAGAGACCAUCAACUUCACCGCACGCAAUCCUCCCUGGACCUACCUCAAGCUUCAACUGAUUCACCAACCGAACACCUCCGCAGCCACAAAAUCCGCUCCUCUCGACCCCCUCACAGCCCGUACUCAUCUCUCUUCCGCCCUCUCCCAAUUCCUGGGCCUCUCCGGUAGCUCAAUCCCUGUCGAUAUUCUUUCCGUGUCCCCCGAUCCAGAGUCAAAAUUCAUCUGGGUUCGUGUACCGAGGCAGGACGCCCCUGCUGUUGUUGCGGCCGUGAGUUCUUGGAUUGGAGGCGUGGGAGAAGAAGAAAAUGGUGGAAGCGUGGCGUGGAGGGUAUGCGCGAAGGGGAACUUUUUGUCCGCGCUAGUGAAUGGCGACGGAGGGGAUUUGUUCAAGGUGUAGAAUGGGUUGGGAUUUACGUCGUUAUGACUAUCGAAUACCAACUUUCCGACAGGAUACGUUGCGAUUGUGCAGCGCGAUGCGGCUCUUAGGUCCGGACUUGGGUUGGCACAAUUGUUCUCAAACCACUUCACUCCGCGAGAGUAUCGCGCCCUCUCGGUGCGCUCUAUAGGCGGGAACCGGGCGA